AUGCACAGGAAAUUCUUAAAAGGUUUCAAAUGGAAGAUUGCAAGUGAAUUUGGCUUAAAGUUGUGCAAAGACAAAGGUGGGAAGGAGGUUGACAGUACUUUCUAUAUGCAAAUUAUUGGUAGUCUCAUGUACUUAACCUCCACAAGACCGUACAUCAUGUAUGCAGGUACAGUUGAUUAUGGUGUGUUUUAUAAAAGGCCAAAUAGUGCUGGUUUUGUUGGUUACACAUACAGUGAUUAUGCAGGUGAUAUAGAUGAUCGUAAGAGCACUUUUGGUCAUGUAUUCAUGCUCAACUCUGGAGCAAUAUCAUGGUCCUCAAAGAAGCAACAAAUGGUAACACUUUCCUUAACUGAUGCUGAGUUUGUGGCAGCAGCUUCCAGUUCUUGUCAAGCUGUGUGGCUUAGAAAAAUGUUUGAAGUUUUUGGUGAUGAACAAAAGGGAGCAACGAUCAUCUAUUGUGACAACAUGUCAACCAUCAAGCUGUCAAGGAAUCCAAUCAUCCAUUGGAGAAGUAAACAUAUUGAUGGUUGUUUUCAUUUUCUGUGUGAUCUUUGCAGAGAUGGAAAAAUUGAGCUGCAGUAUUGCAAGAUUGGAGAACAGUUUGCAGAUAUUCUAACUAAACCUUUGAAGCAGCCUGCAUUCGAGAAGCAAAGGAGUAUGCUUGGUGUUUGUUCAGUUCAAAGUGUUGAUCAAGGAAAAGCUGCUGAUGAAGAAGAUUAUGUGAUGGUAGAAAAUUCCUAA